UAUUGUGUUAACCUCUUAGUUGUCAUUUGAUUUGUUGUGUCUGCUGCUGCAUAUACAUUUUUCUGUGAAAAGUGAGUGAAAAAUAGCAUUUUAUCAGCAUGGCUUUGGCUAUGCAGAAGAGGAACAAUGUAAGGCUUCCGCCGGAAGUGAAUAGAGUGCUGUAUAUCAGAAAUUUGCCGUAUAAAAUCACGUCGGAAGAAAUGUAUGAUAUUUUCGGGAAGUACGGAGCCAUUCGACAAAUCCGAGUAGGAAACACCCCAGAAACCCGUGGAACAGCUUUUGUGGUGUUCGAGGAUAUCUUUGACGCAAAAAAUGCUUGUGACCAUCUUUCCGGAUUCAACGUUUGCAAUCGAUACCUCGUCGUGCUGUACUAUCAAUCAACAAAGGCUUUCAAGCGCGUGGAUGUGGACAAGAAACAGGAGGAAUUGGACAAGAUGAAGUCCAAGUACAACAUAAGUACUGACGAGCUGAAGAAGUAGGCGUCAAAGGAAACAUUCAUUAAUUCUCAUCUUCAUACAUUUCAUCCCAUCACCAAAUCAUUGAAUAAAAGACCAAGAAAAUACA